AUGGACGCUGCAUUGAGCGCCUCUCCCUCUGAAGUCGACCUUUGCCUGCAGAAUCUCACCCUCACUGUCGUCUCAUAUGUUUCGAGCCACGAGCCUUCUGCGACGGCCGAAGCCGGCUCUGUGGCUGCGGCAUUGUCCUCCUUGAGCGUCAAGGAUACACCUUCUAUCCCAACCUUGCUGCAGCGUCUUGAGCACCUUCGGGCCCGCAUCGCCGAACAACCUUACAGCAUCUUGCUCCGCCUCCAGGUCGCCGAGCUAUACCGCGCCCUUGGCUUCCCAGAUCUUGCCGCUGCUGAAGCCUACAGAGCACUGUUGCUCGUCGACGAAGUGCUAGACGAGUCUGGGGAAUAUCACGACGACGCUUUGGAGGAAAUCCAAGACGAAAUUGCUUCGAAGCCUGCCUCGUGUCGGAUUGACUUGGCCCAAAAGCAUGCCGACAGGUUUCCCGGCGUAUCGCAGCGUCUCAGCAGUUUCAAUGGCUCCGAGGAAAGAUGCGACGUCGAAGCGGACGAGGAGGAAGCCUGCCUGUGGGCUCAGACCAUCUGGACUGACGCAGCGUAUGCAUUCGUCACAGGGAACCUGUUAGCAUGUGCAUGUCUCAAAAGCGCCCACGACUUUUGCUCACGGGGCUUGAAGGCCAAUCCGGGAAACAACCAUCUGCUCAAGUUCCGCGACCUUCUUACCCAGCGCUUGACCCAUCACUUCGCCUCCCGUGGCUUCGGCCUUGACGACGAAGAUAUAACUCCUGACGACUAUCCCGACCGCACCUCUGUGAGGCGUGAGCUGUACCCCUGGAAUACCUCGGAACCGGAUAGAUACUCUCCCGGCUCCCUCUCUCUGCUCAACGAGCAGAUCGGUUCUAUUGCACCGAAGCUCGAAGCCCGGGUUACCGAACUCCCGCUCCUGACGCCUGACGUGGAUUCAGCCACCGGGCGCGAUCCUUCCAGCGAGUCAGAGCCGGCGACGAUCAAGCAGCUCGGCGUGUUCGCACGAGAGGACGUGGCUCCGGGAGAGAGGAUUCUCGACGAAAAGUCCCUGCUCACCGCAAACGCCCGACUCCACGACUCGUACUGCGAUGCCUGCAGCGCUCCGCUGCCAGAUCUGCGCAAUGGCUCCGAGGCAAGCCAGUGCGCCUUCUGCGAAGAUUGCGAUGAUAUUGUAUUCUGCAGCCAGGAUUGCCAUGAUCUGGCCCAGGAAGCAUAUCAUCCUGCCCUGUGCGGCAAUGAUGUCGAGGCCAUUGCCAAAGAUGCCCCCGCGGCCGAGGCGGCUGAUGCCCUCUACUCACUCCUGCUGCUCCGUGCCUUGGCAAUGGCCGAGACCCAAGAAGUCCACCCGCUCGAGCUCAAAGAGUUAAAAUACAUAUGGGGCGACUAUCACAUCCCGCCUCCCGGCACUAGCAUACCCCUUACGCCGUCGCCACUAGGGCCGGCCAAGGACGCCUUCGGCGGCGCCCCACGGACGUUGCCGUUUUCGUUCAGCGCUAACGUCCUGACGCCGCUGCACAUGCUCGAGAAGAUGGACGUCAACAUUUUCACCACGUCGGCCAAAUAUGACUUUUGGGUGUUCAACACGCUGUACGCCAAGUUCCGCGGCACGGCGUCGGCGCGCCAAGGCCGCGACGGCAAGCCCGACGUGGGCGCGGUGCAUCCGCUCUGGUGCCUCGCCAAUCACAGCUGCGACCCCAACGUGUCGUGGGAGUGGCAGGGGAACAUGCGCUUCUGGGUUCGCAGCGAACGAGUGGCCUGGAAGGGCCGGAAAGCCCAAGACGACGACAGCUCCGAGAGGAGGAGCCAACCGGGCCUGCGGAAGGGAGAUGAGAUCUUGAGCCACUACUGCGACGUCGAUCUUUCUGUCACGGAUAGACGCGAGUGGGCUGCCGGCGCGCUCGGCGGCAUGUGCAUGUGCGAGCGGUGCGUUUGGGAGGCGGCUCGCGCGGAUAACUCGUAA